GGCAAGUCUAUUGUGUUGAGCGGGGUGACUCACGUAAAGACCAGUUCAGUGAUUGGUGCACGUGAAGCCUAAGGAACUCGCUAUAUAAAAGCGAACAUCACAUCUUAACGUUGUUUCACAUAAAAAAGUUUCAUCUUCUUGUUUGAUUUUGUUACAGUCGUUUAACACAUACACAUACCAUGCCUCACACCAACACACCCGGAGAACAGCAGAAGCUGAUUAUUUUUGAUACAACCCUUCGAGAUGGAGAGCAGUCUCCCGGCGUCAGUCUGAACAACGAUGAAAAGGUUGCAAUUGCCACCCAGUUGUCCAAGCUAGGUGUUGAUGUUUUGGAAGCUGGUUUCCCCAUUGCCUCCAUUGGUGACUUUGAGGCCGUCAACCGUAUUGCCAAGGAAGUUGGUCCUUUGAUGGAGGGUCGUGAGCGCAUUGGAAAGCCCAUGGUUAUUUGCGGUCUUGCACGAGCCACCACCGGCGAUAUUCAGAGAUGCGCUGAAGCCCUUGAACCUGCGCCAUACAAGCGUAUUCACACCUUCUUAGCAACCUCUGAUAUUCAUCUUCAGCACAAGUUGAAGAUUGACCGUGCAGAGUGUGUGAAGCGCGCAGUUGCAGCGGUUACUCUCGCCAAGUCUCUGUGUGACGAAGUCGAAUUUUCCCCAGAGGAUGCUGGUCGUUCGGACCAAGAUUUCUUGUGCGAAGUGCUUGGAAAGGUCAUUGAGGCAGGAGCAGGAACUCUCAACAUUCCCGAUACCGUUGGUUAUAACAUGCCUGAAGAAUACGGCAGUUUGAUCAAGUACUUGGUCGCAAAUACCCCAGGCGCUGAAAAGGUUAUCUGGUCCACCCACUGUCACAACGAUCUUGGUCUCGCUACCGCCAACACUCUUGCUGGUAUUCAAGGCGGUGCCCGUCAAGUUGAAGUCACUAUCAACGGUAUUGGCGAGCGUGCUGGUAAUACUGCUAUGGAGGAGGUUGUUAUGUCCAUCCAUACACACCCCAACUACUUCCCAGUUUAUCACACUAUCAACACCACAUUGAUUUCCCGAACUUCACAAAUGGUCUCCGCUUUGUCGGGUAUGAUUGUUCAGCCUAACAAGGCCAUUGUUGGCCGCAACGCCUUCCUUCACGAGUCUGGAAUUCACCAGGAUGGUGUCCUCAAGAACAAGAGCACUUACGAAAUCAUCACUCCCGAGACGGUUGGUGUAACUGACAUUGCCCUAGUCCUCGGAAAACACUCAGGACGCAAUGCCUUCCGAGAACGAUGCAAGGAGCUCGGCCACGGCAGCAUUUCCGACGAAGCUCUGCAGAAGGCUUUUGUUGACUUCAAGGCUUUGUGCGAUAAGCAGAAGACGGUCAACGAUGCUGAUAUUCUCGCAAUUUUGACUAACUAAAUCGCAGUUGCCUUGGAUACCUACUAAUCAUUCACCGCAUUGUUACGAGCUUCUUGAAGAACCUCCUAUGUAUUAUAGAACCAAACAAAUAAAAAUAAAGAAACAAAUUUUAUAAAACAGUCAAAUAUAUACGCCGCAUAACAUUAUUUGUUGCUA